AUGCCGACGAGCCAAGUGCCCCCUGGCAAGACUGCCGUAACGGCAAGGUCGGAGGAAGAGUGCUACGACUUGUUCGUCAAGGAGAUAUCAUCCAUUCCGGAUCGAGAGGUUCCAGGCACUCAAAACGGGGAAAGCGGCACCGAACAAAACCAAGCAGGACCUAUUCCUCAACUGAGCCGGGGAACAACCCCAGGCACGUCAACCAACGUGAUGAUUGCGAAGACCAUUAGAGCAGCCAUGGCUGGCAUUCGACCUGGUUCCUGA